AUGGCGGGCCAACAAUCAAAAAUCCCCACCCGCGUGAUGGUCAUUUCAGACACCCACACCUUCGAAUUCAACGAUGCCGAUAUUCCUCUCUCACUCUCUAAAAUCCCAUCAGAUAUAGAUGUUCUUCUUCACUGUGGUGAUCUCACUAGAUUUGGCGGCUUAUCCGAAUAUCGCAGCGCUCUUCAAAUGUUGAAAGCCAUCCCCGCCAAGUUAAAGCUCGUGAUCGCUGGAAAUCACGAUCGGACUUUGGAUAAAACAUGGGUUGUACGCAAUCUUGGCCACUCAUACACCAGCGAAGAAUAUAAAGCGGAUUUAGAGGAAUGCGCUGCGGGAAAUGAGAUUAUGAAGGGUGAUAUGGCGCGGGAUGCUGGUGUUACUUAUUUGGAGGAGGGGGUUCAUGAUUUUAGCCUGGAGAAUGGAGCAGCGUUGAGGAUCUAUGCAAGUCCAUAUACACCUGAAUUUUGCGGGUUUGGAUUCGCGUAUGAAAGAUAUCAGGAUCGCUUUAAUGGUCCAGAUGAACUUGAUUUGGGGAUGCAAAGCGUGCAUGGCGCGGUGCGAAUACCGAGUUUUGGAGAGGAUGAUGGCGGUAAGAAUAUUGACAUUGUCAUGACUCAUGGUCCUCCAAUGGCCGUUUUAGACGAAGUCUAUGGACGUGCUGGACAUGUAGGAUGCUGUAAUUUAAUCAAGGCACUGGAAAGAGCGAAACCGACAUUAUUUUGCUGCGGUCACAUUCAUGAAGCGCAUGGUGCAGAAGUAGCGACUUGGGGAGAGGAUGGCAUUUCAAAGAUGAGAAAGGUUGAAUGUGGGUGGCCGGAGUUGAAUAUUGAACCUAUUGAAGAAGGUAAAGAAACUUUAAUGGUCAAUGCAAGCAUAAUGAACUUGAGGUAUCAGCCAACGCAGAAGCCUUGGUAUAUUGAACUCGCUCUACCUAAAACGACGGCAACGGAGAUCUAG